AUGGCCCUCUGGGAAGGCCUGGACUCUGCCACCGUCAGCGUUUCCGGGGCGGAGGCCAAAGGGAGGCUCCGCCGAGACACAGGGCCCCGCCCCCGACCCCCGCCCAGUGCCAGGCUCUUUGUGCUGGGCACAGCUGGAGCUACCGAGCACAUCUGGAGCUGGGGAGUGAUUGACAGUGCGAGUCCUGGCCCAGCCUUGCACUGGGGCUGUCCAGGCCUCUGCUUCCUCGGUCAAAUGAUGGUCCUAAAAAGUUGCCUAGAUCGAGCAGAGUUUAAUGGUUUGCCCACGGUCACACAGCCACUGCGAAGGUCUCGGAAGUUCGCGAGACCGUGGGGAUCUCCAACCAGGAAGGAUGAGCGGUGCCUUAAGGAAGGUGCUGUGCCUGAGGAAACACGCCUUUUCAAAACAAGCUCUUUCAUUGUAAGGUUCCAGUUGAGAGGAGAGAAUCCCAGCUGUUCUGCAGGAAGCAUUUUCCUGAGCAUCAGCCGGCCCUACAAGUCCAAGCCCACCCAUGGCAUUGGCAAGUACAAGCACCUGCUCGUUCCAGGCGAGCCCAAGAAGAAAACAGGGAAGAGUGAGAUGAAGCCAAUUUCCCGUGGGACAGAUUACACUUAUGGAGUGUUAAAUGUUCACCUGACAGCUUAUGACAUGACCCUGGUGGAGAACUAUGCCAAGUAUGUUCACAAGCUUUGCAACGACUAUGACAUUAAAGUGGAAGAAAGCUAUGCUCUGCCCACCAAGACCAUGGAAGUAUUUCAGAUACAGGAGCAAAGCAACAAGAUGUUCCUGGAUUCAGUUCUUACCACCCAUGAACGAGUGGUUCAGAUCAGCAGUUUGAGUUCCACAUUUGCAGCAAUUUUCUUGGAAAUUCUUCAAAGCAAUCUGCCAGAAGGGGUCAACCUGUCAGUAAGGGAGCACACUGAGGAGGCUUACAAAGGAAGGUUCAAAGCUCGGCCAGAACUGGAAGAAUUAUUGGCCAAAAUGAACUAAGAGAUGGUGGACAUAUUUGAAGAACCUGCUGAAUAAAUGGAUUUCUGCUGAGUUACAAGAUUGAAAUAGUAAAUAUGGACUCUUAGAGACCUUCAGCUUCUGUUCCCUCAGCCAGAGAGCCACCAGUUUCCUCCACUGAUUGUGUAUAUUGUUUGUAAAUAAAACUUUUUACUUUGAGCCAGUGA